GAUCGGCAACCCCUGCAUCACGUUCCCAACUAUUGUUUUGGACGAGUCCAGGGGUUAACUGAUACGUUCAUAUGGAUUUUCUUUCCAGCUUUUUACAUGCAGACUUCACAAGAGGAUCCCUUGAAACGAACCUGCAUUGCCCGGGACCAAUACUCUUGCUGGUAUGACCAUGUUUUGUUUCCAGCUAUCGCAGCUGCGGUACGCGACCCAAAUAUACUCCAGUAUAUUCCCAAGAACCUCAACAUUGCCCAGACUAACUCGCGUGCUCGGCAAGAAGGAAUUUCCACUGAACGGCUCUCGGAUAUGAACGCGGAAUUUGGAAUACUCGGUCAGGGUAGGAGAAGUACUUCGCUUUCUUACGUCCUCCAGAAUAGACAUCUUGAGGCCAUAUGGGAAGGAGUUCGUACUCAUGCGGCGACAUACCCCCAAUUCGCCGGUAUAAAACUAUAUCUGGGUGCCAAAAACCUCAAACUUGUCUACAUGAACGCCGAUAUCAGGCAAACGAUUCGAGCCUGGCGUAGUCAGUGGCAGAAUGCUGUGGAUCAGGCAUUUCUUGAUCCUUCUGAUACGUACGUCGAUAUUGGGCGCCAAUAUACUCCUCGCAUUGGAUCUGUCGCCGAAGCCAACGUCCUCAUGUGGCGACGAUGCUGUCUGAAGCAACUAUGGAGACAACGACAAGCGUGGACCAGUCAGUAUAACGCCAUGUAUCCAUUUGUACGCAGCUCGCUCGAAGACAUAGCGACCUCAGAGUCCCGGUCUGUUCCUCUUCGGCUCAUCGAAUACCCCAGGUUUACACUACGUGAUACGAUUGAUAUGACGAUACAGCCUGCAGAUAAGAGCCGAGAGGUCGGUGAGGGUCUCAUAUACAGUCAAUUCUAUAACUUUGUCAAGAUUCCUUUCGAUGCUGCUAAGCAAUACCCGUUUCAGAACCGUCAACUCGAAAAGAUGGCUCUCGAUCCGUCGUACGUAGCUGACUACGAAAGAUCCACUCGAGGAAGUCAUGCCAAUCAAGCCUCGCUCAGUCUGGCCUACCGUUUGAGUAAACUACGGAAUCAAUACUUUGGAAAGAUCGUUGGCAACAGAGCAAACAAGUUACCUCGCGAAGUGGCCAACGUCAGAGUUCUGAGGUCGAGCGAUUGCAUCGAGGCUGCGGCACCGCUGUGA